UUGGCCAACUACAACCAACUUCGCCUUUCCUUUCCUCUUUCUUUCGAAACGUGGAAAACGUCAAUAUUGGUUGAUUUCCUCGUAUUUUUUACAAUUAAAUAAUUUCGCAGUAUGCCCCGUGAAAUCAAAGAGGUUAAAGAUUUCCUCAACAAGGCUCGUCGUGCCGAUGCCCGUGCUGUCAAAAUAAAGAAGAACCCCAGCAACACCAAGUUCAAGAUUCGUUGCUCACGUUUCUUGUACACCUUGGUUGUGCAAGACAAAGAGAAGGCCGAGAAAAUUAAGCAAUCCCUUCCUCCAGGCUUGCAAGUUAAGGAAGUCAAGUAAAUGUGCUUGACAAACGUAGAUAUUUAUGUAUUCUUUAUUUGCUGUUGAAAGAGAAGAGGUGGACGGACAUUUGUAUUGUCUGUCGGCUUAAGGAGGAGUGUGGAGACGAUGUGGUGGUAUAACAAGCUAGGAUGUGGAUAAUGGCGUUGAUUUAAUUUAAAGCUGCAUAAAAUGCCUUCAAGAUAUUCAACUUUUUGGAAUUCAACAUAAAUAACACUCCUAGCGUUGUAUGCUGAAAUUUUGUAAAAAAACAUUCUUCAUUAAAAAAUACAACAGUUGUUGUAAAGUUUAAAAGGAA